AUGGAGUCAAAGAGUCGUGAGUGGAUGCAGUGCAAAAAAAGUGACCCUAGUGUCAAAGAUGUGGUGUCUUGUCCGUGUGUGAAAUGCAACAACGAAAGGAGAAAAUGUAGAGAUGAAAUAGAGUUGGAUUUGCUUAAAUUUGGAAUUUUUAAGAGUUAUACACGCUGGUUGCGGCAUGGGGAAAGCAUCAGUGAUCAGGCAACUCAUAACAAUAUCAUAAACGAGUCAAAUGAAUUCCAGGAGCAUGAGCAUGAUGAAAUGUUAGAUAUGCUACAUGAGGCAUUUGGAGUACCGCUAGAAAAUGAUGUUGAGGGAGAGAGAGAUAAAGUGAGUGAAGGUGGAGAUCCUAAAGAUGCAGCAGAAGCUUUUUACAAAUUGAUGGGUGAUCUUGAGUUGGAGCUAUAUCCUGGGUGUAAGCAAUUCUCUAAGUUGUCCUUCUUAGUUAAGUUGUUUCACAUAAAGUGCUUAACUGGAAUACCCGACAAAAGUUUGGAAAUGGUUCUUAGCCUAUUCAAAGAAGCAUUACCUAAGGAUAACACUUUGCCAGAAUCUUAUUAUGAAGCUGAAAAGAUCAUAAAGAACUUGUCGCUUGAAUCCAUUAAGAUUGACGCAUGCCCUAAUAACUGCAUGUUAUUUUGGAAGGAGCAUGCCGAUGCAGAGGAAUGUGUAAAGUGUCAUGCUUCUAGAUGGAAAAAGAGCAAACCAAGUAGCGAAUCUUCUACCUCACAAUCUAAGCCUAAGAAGAUUCCUAGCAAGACAAUGCGUUAUUUUCCGUUGAUCCCUAGGCUUCAAAGAAUUUUCAUGCCAACCAAAACCGCUGCAAGUAUGAGAUGGCAUAGCGAUGAACGUGUUGAUGAUCCUGAUGGAGUAAUGAGACAUCCAGCGGACUCCAAAGCCUGGAAAUCAUUUGAUGAACAAUAUCCAACAUUUGCCUCCGAGCCUCGAAAUGUUCGCCUCGGUUUAGCAAGUGAUGGGUUUAGCCCCUUUAGAAAUGGACAUAUUCCCCACAGUACAUGGCCGGUAGUUCUUAUCCCGUAUAAUUUGCCUCCAUGUCUUUGCAUGAAGCAACCAUCUUUUAUUCUCUCUAUGCUUAUCCCGGGUCCUAAGGGGCCCAAAGAUAAGAUUGAUGUUUACUUGCAACCUCUAAUAGAGGAUUUGAAGUUGCUUUGGGAAGUUGGUGUUGAAACAUACGAUGCCUCAAAGAAAGAGAAUUUUAGAAUGUUUGCUUCUUUGCUGUGGACUAUAAGUGAUUAUCCUGCAUAUGGUGAUCUAUCUUGUUGGAGUACUGGCGGAGCUGUUGGUUGUCCUUCUUGUAACAGUGAUACUUGUUCUAGGUGGUUGUCAAAUGGGGGAAAACAUUGUUAUAUGGGUCAUCGUAGAUUUUUACGUAUGGAUCAUAUGUGGAGAUACGAUGGAAGUACUUUUGAUGGGAAGCAAGAGUUAAGACCAAAACCUAAGCAGUUAUCUGGUGAGGAACUGCUACAACAGGUUAAUGAUGAACAAGCUGCUUCAAAACAUACUUCAAAAAAGAGGCGACGCACAAAGAAGAAGGAAAAGGCAACAAAAUUAUGGCGAAAGAAAAGCAUUUUCUUUGAAUUGCCAUAUUGGAGUAGUCUUUUAAUACGCCAUAAUUUGGAUGUGAUGCACAUUGAAAAAAACUCAUUGCAUCCUAUAAGGGAUCCUAAUAAUCCAACUGAGAUCCCAAAAGAGUUCCCACCAGCUCCUUUUACCUUAUCUUUGGAGCAAAAGAGGAAUCUGUGUAACUUUUUGACUAGUGUGAAAUUUUCGGAUGGGUAUGCUUCAAAUAUUUCACGAAAUUCCUCACUUAAAGAACGUAAACUCUCUGGGUUGGAAAGUCACGAUUAUCAUGUUAUCUUGGAGCAUUUAUUGCCUCUUGCCAUACGUGACUGGCCCGUAUCAUUGUCCGCUCCACUUAUUAAGUUGAGCGAAUUUUUUAGAGAGUUAUGUUCUAAAGCAUUGAAGAUUGACGAGUUAGAGAAACUCGAAGAGCAAAUUGGUGUUACCCUUUGUGAGUUGGAACGAAUUUUCCCACCAUCCUUUUUUGUGAUUAUGAUGCACUUACCCGUACACCUUGCAAGUAAGGCUUUGAUUGCUGGGCCAGUUCAGUAUCGAUGGAUGUACCCUAUUGAAAGAUAUCUUAGCAAACUAAUAGGGUAUGUACGCAAUAAAGGUCACCCGGAGGGAUCAAUGGCAGAAGGUUAUCUUUUAGAGGAGUGCUUGACAUUUUGUUCGAGAUAUAUGGAUGAUAUAGAAACAAAAUUCAACAAGCAAGAUAGAAUUUAUGAUGAUGAUGGUGAUGAUGAUAUUAGUUCAACUGACUGCAUUCCUAUAUUCGGGAUAAGAGGUAGAGCAUUUGGGAAGGAAAAUCCUCGUUUAUUUAGUACAAAGGAAUGGGAAGAAAUUCACUAUUAUGUGUUGAACAAUUGUAAAGAAGUGCAACCAUUCAUCGAGUAA